GAAGCAUCGAGAUCUGGCAACACUGAGACAAGUUUUGAGAAAUAACACGUAUAUUGACAGUAGGCAGGAAAAGAAAAUUUACAUAGUUAAGUACUUGCUUUAUUCUGUCAGUGGUUUUUAGGCAUUGAACCCCGCCUCUGACCCUUGGGACAAUCCACACCUUUACAAGUAUACUUUAAAACUUUAAUUGUGUCUCUUUUCUGGCUAUGUAGAAUAAAAAUUUUCAGGUAAGUACAGUACUGUAGUAUUGUACUCAACCUUUUUUAAAGAAAUAAUAAUUAUGUUUAUAUUUUUAUGAAUCUGUAGCACUAAGCCAUGUCUGACAAAAAUGAAAAAAUGUCUGUUAAAAGACAUUUCAUCUCCUUACAAACAAAAUUACAAAUUUUAGAUCGGCUCAAAAAGGGCAAAAAGAUAUCAUAUGUCGCCAAAUCAUUGGAUUUAAAUGAAGCAACAAUACGGACUAUAAGGAAAAAUGAACAGAAAAUUAGAUUCCAUUGCUGUAGGCUGUUCUAUCUCCUCAAACAUGACAUCUCGUCCUAGGGCAGCAAUAAUUGAACAGAUGAAAAAAGCCCUUAGCAUCUGGAUUGAAGACUGUUCAAAAAAGCAGAUUCCACUGAGCACCAAUAUUAUUAAACACAAAGCCUUGAAAAUUUACUACUACUUAAAGGAAAAUGGAGAAACUGCUACUAAUCCAGAUUUUGUAGCCAGCAAAGGGUGGUUUGAUCGUAUGAGAAAACGCUUAUCACUACAAAACCUAAAAAUAGAGGGUGAAAGCCGAUAAAGAAGCCGCCAAAAUUUAUCCAAUGGAAUUAAAAAGAAUUAUUGAAGAGGGUGGAUAUUCAACACAUCAGGUUUUUAAUGCCGAUGAGACUGCUCAUUGGUGGAAAAAAUGCCCAAGAGGACAUAUAUUUCUAAAGAUGAAAAAGUUGCGCCAGGUUUCAAGGUAUCAAAAGACCGUGUAACAUUACUUAUGUGCAGUAAUGCUUCAGGCGAUUACAUGGUAAAACCUAUGCUGGUUUAUAAAUCUCUCAAUCCUCGUGCAAUGAAAAACCUGAAUAAGAGUAAUUUACCUGUAUACUGGGCAGCAAAUAGAAAAGCUUGGGUGACUACUGAAUUAUUUAAGAAAUGGUUUUUAAACUGUUUUGUACCAAGUGUGGAAAACUACUUAAAACAGAAAAAUUUAGAUUUUAAAGUUCUACUUAUAUUGGAUAAUGCACCCAGCCAUCCGCAAGAUUUAAAUCAUCGAAAUAUCAAAAUAACUUUUUUACCUCCAAAUACAACUGCUUUACUUCAACCAUUAGAUCAGGGAAUUAUAGCUACAUUUAAAACCAAUUAUAUAAGGAGAUCAUUACAAUGGAUUUUGAAUAAAAUCGAUGAUGAAUCUAUGGACGUUAAGGAGGCGUGGAAACUCUUCACAAUUUUGGACUGCAUUAAUCUAAUAAACUCAUCCAUCAGAGAAAUAAAACCGAUGACAUUAAAUGGAUGUUGGAGAAAAAUAUGGCCGGAGUCAUAAAAUGAAAAUUUGAUCGAGACAGCAGAAAACAGAAUGGAUAAGG